GCGAGCAUCCCGGAGGCGGGCUGGGAGUGAACUCCUCGCCAGCUCGCCAUGGAGGGCGUCCGCUCCGCUUCGGUGAUGGAAAACGGCCACCCGGCCGCCCCGCCGCCAGCGACCGCAGCCAUGGAGGUUUCCCUCCCGCGCUCCUCCUGCGCCUCCAAUCUCUGGAUCCGCCUGAGGGAGAAACUCUGUACGUGGCGUAUUGUGAAAACACUUCUCCUGGGUCAGAUACUCUCCUUGCUGAUUUGCGGGACUGCGGUCACAAGCCAGUUUCUUGCUGACAAGUACAGCGUCAACACUCCAAUGCUGCAGAGUUUCAUCAACUAUUGUUUGCUUUUCCUAGUGUACACAACAACUCUUGCGUUUAGGAAAGAUGGCGAUGGACUCUUGCAGAUCCUAAAGAAGAAAUGGUGGAAGUACAUUUUGCUUGGAUUGGCUGAUGUUGAAGCUAACUACACCAUUGUAAAAGCCUAUCAAUAUACAACUAUAACAAGUGUCCAGCUCCUCGACUGUUUUGGGAUUCCUGUGCUGAUGGCUUUAUCAUGGUUCAUCCUCCAUGCAAGAUAUAAAUUGAUCCAUUUCAUUGCUGUUGCCGUUUGUCUAUUGGGCGUAGGGACCAUGGUUGGUGCGGAUAUAUUAGCUGGAAGGCAAGAUGGUGAAGGAAGUGACGUGGUGGUUGGAGAUGUCUUAGUCCUCCUUGGUGCUUCAUUAUAUGCCAUUUCGAAUGUGAGUGAGGAAUACAUUGUGAAAAAUCUGAGCAGAAUGGAGUUUCUAGGAAUGGUGGGCUUGUUUGGGACUGUUAUCAGCGCUCUGCAGCUAGCUAUUGUGGAACAUAGAGACAUAGCUAACAUUCAGUGGAACUGGAAAAUUGCCCUGCUCUUCGUGGCUUUUGCCUUGUGCAUGUUUGGGCUGUACAGCUUCAUGCCGAUUGUGAUUAGAGUGACCAGUGCCACCUCCGUCAAUCUGGGCAUCCUGACAGCUGAUCUCUACAGUCUUUUCUUUGGACUUUUCUUGUUUGGCUACAAGUUUUCCGUGCUGUAUCUCUUAUCCUUUGUGGUCAUCAUGAUCGGCUUCAUCAUGUAUUGCUCCACCCCAACCCGUACUGCAGAAGUCCCUUCAACCACCUUGCCAAUGGCAGAUAGUACUGGAUUUGACAACCUUGCUUUAAAAAUCGAGGAGAACCACUUGGAUUCCACUGACACUCUGACAACGCAGAGCAACAAAGAUGACAGCCAGGCAGAAGACACACCUACAAAAUUAACAGCCUUGUGAAAUAUGAAAUUUCAGCUGGUGGACAUGCUCUGGAGACUUCAGAAAGCACCAGGUGGCACUACGUAUUAUGGUGGACAACCUGGAGAAAUAUCCAUGAUGGAAUUUGUGUUCAUGACAAAGUCUAGAAAUGUAUCACCAAAACAAGGAGGGCUGAGAUCCUUACUUGGAACACCAGUAUUAAUUCUUGUUCACUGAAGAUUAUUCUUAGAGUUGACUGGUGAAUAGAAAAGUAGAGACUAGACUGUCUUUCUAUCAAAGAAAGCCAGAUCAUACUCAGAAUAAACACGUGUCUUAUUUUGAGUAAUUUCUUACUCUCUCAAACUUACACAUGGUCAAGGAGGUUAGCAAAAAGAAAAUAGAAAGACCGAAAACAAGAAAAACACAAAACAUAAAAUCAGAUGGCAGCUAAGAUCAGAGAGGCUGGGAACAGAGAUCAAGGUUAGUGAAGCAUCCUUACCUCCCAGACUGCUAAACCAUGAGGAUGGGAAAUCUUGCAUUUUGGAAGUGUGAAUCCUGUAAUAGACACUGAUCUUCAUCCUGUUAACAUGCAGACACAAUGUAUAUUGUUCACGUUAAUUUAAUCGCAACACAAUUCUUGAACACUAGUAUAUUUAGGUUCCAUCACAUUGACUCCUGAUGCUAAUAAAUGAAGAAAAAGCACGACUAAUGUUAUGUGAAAAGAUACAUCAAACCCUUAUUCCAGUUGUGUGCACGUACGUGUAUGCACACACACACACUUGAAGUGUACCUGUUCUGUUGGCGUAGUGUGCAGCAACCAAACAAGAUAUUUUAUUUUUUUGCAGGAUAUAAUCUGUGUAGAUCAAUUUCUUUGACAAUCUAAAGAUACUGUUAACAACAAGUGGUUUUCCAAAUUGUAUGAAUGCAUAUGUAUAUAUAAACAGAAGGGAGAUAUUUGUCACCUUGCUAAAGUAUAGUUGCUGAACUAUACCUUCCAGCAUCUCUCACCUUUGAUCACACUAGUUGGAGUUGCUGAGAAUUGUAGUUCAGCAACUUCUGGAGGGCCCUGAGUUCUCCCACUCCUGUUAUAAACAGAAUAAAAUGGGAACUCUGAUCAC